AUGCUUCCUCUUACACUUCUUCUAACCUUGGCUGCCGCCGAGUACAUCACUGAGACCAAAGUUAGAACGCACAUCACCACAUUGACAUCUUGUGCUAACAAUGGUUGCAACAAUGGGGAGGGACCCCCUGAGGAAGUUAUAACCAUCACCAGUACUCAUGUUGACUGGGAGACCACCACCUGGUGUCCAGAGUCCGAGACUACUGAGGAACCAGUACUUGAGACUUCUGUUGAGGAGCCACCUACUGAAACUCAACCUGAUACUCCACCCGAAGUGACAACUGAGUGUGACACUACACCUAACGAGCCUACAAUUGAAACUACCACUGAGCCAUGCGAUGUCUGUGAAACUCCAGAGACAAACACUGAACCAUGCGAUGGUUGUGAACAGCCUGAUACAUACACUGAAACCACUUCGUGUGAGACGCCAAUUGAGACGCCAGAGACUGAGACUACUUCUUGCGAGACGACUGAGACGCCUAGUGAGACCGUCGAGACUGAGACACCUGUUGAGACAGGUGAGACUGGUACCACUUCGUGCGAGACUGAGACGUUUGAGACUGAGAGUUUUGAAACUGAGACUUUCGAAACUGGCACCACUUCAUGUGACACCGAGACUUUUGAAACAAUCUCCAGCAGUUUCAGCACUGAAAUCACUUCUGAAACAACUGACGAGACCACCUCCGAGAGCACCUCUGAGACAACUCUGACUUUUGAAACUUCCGAGUCGAGUUCCACUGAGACUGAAGUCACAUCUUCCAUUGAGAUUCCUUCAUCUCAUGGUAUUCCAGAGACUUCUUCAGCUCCAGAGACAUCUGAGUCUUCUUCCGAGUCUUCUACAACCGAGUCUUCAACUUCCGAGUCUUCCACAUCAGAGUCAUCUUCGACUUCUGAGUCGUCUUCAACAGAGUCGUCUUCAACCUCUGAGUCUUCUUCAAACCCUGGCACAUAUUCUUCACCCGAGACUUCGUCGGAGCAGACAUCUUCAGUGCCUGCAACUUCCUCCAAGCCUGAAACCUCGUCUGAGCCUGAGACCUCGUCUGAGCCUGAGACCUCCUCCAAACCUGAAACGUCAUCCGAAUCUACCACCUCAUCUUCAUCAUCGUCAACCUCAACUUCGGUGCAGCCAGUUCCAUCGACUUCGACUGUGCCUCCUGUUACAAUCACCCUGACCAUCCCAUGUCAGGAGUGUGACGGCGGAAUCACUGUUUCAACAUUCACCAGCUCGGUUCCCCCUCCAGAACCCAACACUGUCGUUACUACCGAAACCGAGUCCUGUCUGACCGAUGUUCCAGAAACUGAAACCACUCCUGAAACCACUCCAAAAUCUUCGAAGCCUCUGACUUCCACCGAGACUACCCCAGCUGAAUCGAAGCCAACCCCCGAAGAGUCCACUCCUGCUGAAUCUCAACCAGCUCCUGAAGAAUCUACUCCAGUUGAAUCUCAACCAGUACCUGAAGAAUCUACACCAGCUGAAACCACACCAAAGCUGAAGACAACUUCCAACACCACUCCAAAGGCUUCCACUCCAGCUGAGCCAACUCCUGAGACUAGUUCCUCCAAGACCAAACCUGAAACCUCAACGAAGCCCAAGGAAACCCCAGCCGAGUCUACCCCAGUGGAAUCUCAGCCAGCCGAGUCAACCUCAGAGAAUCCAAAGACCCCUGGUACUACUUCUGAAACACCCGCUGAGACAACACCUGCUGAGACAUCCCCAGAAAUGCCUUCCCCAGAAACUCCAGAGACUCCCGCUGAAACAACUCCACAAGAAACCACCCCAGCUGAAACCACCCCAGCUGAAACCACCCCAGCUGAAACCACCCCAGCUGAAACCACUCCUAGGAACGAAACUCCAGAAACACCACAGUCUGAAACCCCAGAGACAAACCACACCCCAGACGAACCAACCACAUCCUUGACUACCAGCAUCACACUGACCCACUACGUUCCCAACGAGACUGGCCAUUCUGAAACUGGCAAUACCGAAAAACCAAACACCUCCACUUACUCUGAGCCUCAACCUGAUGCCACUGAAACACCUACUACCCAAAAAUCGUCUUCGUUGAAGGGAGAGGUGACCACAUCUGAUUCUUUCACCCCAUCCACAUUGACAAGUGCUCCAGUUCCUAGCUGCUCUGGAGAAAACUGUUGCACUGGAGCAGACUGUGAAACAACUGUUUCUGUUCAAACUUCAAUCACUCAGUCAGAGGGUCCAAGCAUUUCUUCAUGGGAAGGUGCUGCUUCUGGAAAAUCCUUUUCCUUGAUGGCCGUUGCCGCCUGGGUUUUCCUUCUUUAA